CACUGACGCAAGUUGGACACAAGGGGCGAGGAGUGCAUCACGUGGGGCGGCCGCCCGCUCGCGCGGGACGAAGGCGGGCUGGGAGCAGGAAAACAUAUUCGCUCGUCUUCGUCGCCUCGAGGCAUGCCUGGCGCCGUGCUCUGGAACGGCGACAAUUCCUGCACUCGCUCUCGGACUUAGCGACCCCUUCACGGCUCCCGUCAUGACCAGCUCACGCGGUCUCCUUGCUUGCUUUCUUUCUCGCGUGCUCUUACUUCUCUGUCUCUCUCUCAUACGCGCACCGUCUUCCUACGCGCAGCCGGCCCAGCUGCAAUGGCAAGAUUGUUACUAUCAGAGCAAUACCAGCCUCAAGUUCGACAUUUCUACCGUCUUCGCACAAGUCCUCGACGAUGCAAAUACAGGGGGAAAGUACCUCAACUUCACGGUACUCGGGGAGACUCCGAAGAUGAUCAUGAAAUCGUCUGCUCCCAGUGGGAACCCUUCUAACGCGGUUGCCACGACUUUGUUCACUGUGACGGAGGAGCUGACGUUCCAAGUAUGGAACAACUACUCGUUCUUCUGCUCGACUCUGCGACCUCCCACGGAUUUACUGGACAAUGUCACGGCUGGAAGCUACUGUCCGUUCCCGCCAGGUCCAUUCGCCUUCUCUACCACUGUCAUGUUGCCUACCGACUACGAACUAGCAACGUUCCAAACCCGGCUCUACGCGCUGGAUCCUGAUCAGAACCUACUGUUCUGCAUGAAUCUCAACACUACUAUCCUUGACCCCGGUGUUGAUGGAAGCGUCUACGGUCAUGCAGACACCAUAUUCUGGGUCACGGUCGCCUUGGCCAUCGGAUACUGGGUGGUAGUCGGCAUCGCGCGAUUGGUAUCAGCGUGGGGCAGGGGAUCGACUAGGAUGGGCACGGGUUUGUGGGCCCGGGUUGAGAGUGCUGGGUUCAUCCUUGCAAGCGCCAUUAGCGGUGAACGUCUGGCCAAUUCACCGGCACUCAUGAGAUACUGUACGCCUUCCUUGCGAGAUAUCAUAUUCCAUACGCAAUGGUGCGCGGCACUCGCAAUGGUUGCCGUCGAGUGGCCGGCCUUCGUUUAUCCUCUACUAGCGCAAACAGGGUGGUCUACCUUGACAUUCAACAUCACGCUCGCACAAGGUUCGACGGGUGCCCAGUCUCGCUGGUACCCCUUGACCGUUCCGGAGUACAAUCCGCCAUCCAAUUUUGCUGCACAGUUCAACAACGCGUCUUCCCCUCUAUACGUCGAUGCCGACGCGCCCAACCUCAUCUUCAUGCUACCGGAUGAUGCCACCCAGGGCAUCUCGUCGUUCGCAUGGACAAUUGGCAUCCGGCCACAGGACUUGUUCGGCAUGUGCCUCGUCCUGUUUCUGGCAAUCUUGGCUGGUACAGUCGCGCUGAGCAUGCUGGUGUGGGGCAUUGAUUGGAUGGCCUCUCUGACUUUCAAUGGAGGUUCGCAACCGACGGUUCUCGCGGGUUCUCGGAGCCCGCGAUAUUCAGCUGGCAGCAAAGACCUACUCGAAGGCGCCGGUCAAGGAGCGGACGAGCGAUCCCUGAACAGCCAUUUCCUGUUGCGUUCAACAUCAUUUUUCCCUGCAGGUCGACGCUGGUGGCGUCUCAGGAGCGGGUUUGUGACGUACCACAGCAACGUCCUGCAAGGCAACUUAGUCCGCAUCCUCAUUUGGUUCCACCUUCCCGUCACCAUCUUCUCCUGCUACCAGAUGACCCUCGGGAGGGAGACUGCAUCUCUCGGGUCUAUCAUCCUCGCUGCCAUAUCCUUCGCCAUCUUCUCGGUGCUUCUCCCUAUCUUCCUUGUGGUCCGCCUGACGCUCACCAACACCACGAAACUCUAUGAUGAAACAUGGACGCUCCUAUCGCUCGGACCUCUCUACAACCACUACAGGCACGGCUCACAGCUCUUCGCCUGUCUUCUCUUCGCCACAAACAUUGCAUUCGGGGUUACCAUUGGGUGUGGCCAGAAGAGUGGUACCGCUCAAGCCAUCAUCAUCUUGGUAGUUGAGGUAGCGUCUGCACUCGGCACUAGUGUCUGGCUUCCUUGGGGCCAGGGCGCUAGCAUGGGUCUCAUUAGCUUCCUGUUUUGCGUUGCGAGAAUAGUCAUUGCAGUGCUACUGGUCAUCCUGACGCCCAUAGUGUCCGUCGAUGCAGGUGCCGCACAGUGGAUUGCAUAUGCUAUCUUGUGCAUCCUUGCCCUGAUCUACCUAGCGCACCUGCUGAUGCUAGUGGUGAAGAUUGUCGAGGGCGUCAUCCGGAUAGCUGGCGGCGUUGGCUUCCAUCGGAGCCGACAUGUUGUCGACAGCGGACUGCUCGGGACGCUCAGCUUGCUUGGGUGCUGCGGGUCUCGGAGGCCUCAACAGCGCAGGCCCCAGGUUGCCAAGCAACCCUCAACGAUUCCGUUGACGAAGCCGAGUCCGCCUUACAGAGACGCUACGCCCACACCGUCCGGGCCCCCAUCGGUGCUUCGACCGGAGCACGCCUUGCAACCAUACAAAGAGGAGAGCGACGAUGAAACGGGGUUCAUCAUGGGUGCUUGGCAGCCCUUCCCAGGACCUGGCUACAGCCCUGUCGAUGACGCACCGCGCUCGCCAGAGCAGACCAAGUCGUCUGGCUUUGCUCGUGUCGGUGGGGGCCGGGCUCACUUCGAGUCGCCGUACGCGAUACGGUCGGGGUCUUACCAAGCGUUUCCAUCCUCUGAACGCGCCGAACGGAAACCGACCAGUAGCCUGGCACACAGCUCGACAAUAGAGUACUCACCACCACCCACGCCGUCAGUCGGGAGUGGACCCGGUCCCAAGAAGGCAGACGUCAACUACCUUCCUGCGGGAGCCGCGCCUCCUGCACACAUCCGGACGAGGUCGCAGACCGCUAUCAUCGAGGAUGCAUCUGCCCUCGCCGCCCUCCGGACGCAAGGCCUUGCCGCUGCUCCGGCGGAAGCAGUGGACACGCUGGACGACGCACCGGCACCGAAGAAGCGGUGGUACAAUAGACGCAAGAGCAGGCGUAUGAGCGAAGGUGACCUCAUGUCCAUGUCCGAACAACCGAAGGAGACCGGCCAUUCCUUCGUUGUGGUCAGGAAACAGAGGCCAGGCGUGCCACCUCAGGAGGCCUCGAGUUCUUCGAGUAACGCGGGCGGAGCAGAACCGGAACGAAAAUCCUUCACCGUUCUCCGCAGUGGACCGGGUUCAGAUUCUCAUGCUACGGCGUCGUAGCGGACAGUUCACGUCUCUGCACGAUCUACGCCCUUUAUUAUAUUGAUCUUUUAAAUAGCGGACUAUUUGUAGUUUAUGCGAGGGGAUUGUACACAUGGGACUCGAUAUGUCUGGUCCGUAGAGUCCAGCAUGUACUCAUACAUAAUCGUCAUCUUCAUCUUCGUGCUCUGCUCCGGU